AUGGCAUCCUCGCCGCCGGCCUCUCCAAUACAUCCGCCUCAGCGGCCCCUGAGUGCGAUCGCAAGACCUGCGCCGCCUAGGAGUGCCAGCAGGAUGAGCAUCAGCAGCAAGCCCGGCAAUGGCAGCCGCGCCUCCGACGACGACAGUCGGACGGCCGUCAAAGUUGCUGUCCGUGUGCGGCCGCCCCUCAAGCCCGCCGACCCGGGCUACGAUCUCAUCCCCCAGCGCUUCCAGCGAUCCAUGGUCCAGACCACGUCCGAAACGAGCCUCGCCAUCGACUCUCCUCAGGGCCGCAAGCUCUUCGUCUUCGACCGCGUCUUCAGCCCCGAGGUGAUGCAGGAUGGCAUCUGGGACUAUCUCUCCGACUCUGUUCACGCCUUUACCCAAGGCUACAAUGUCUCCCUGCUCGCGUACGGCCAGUCCGGCGCCGGCAAGUCAUAUACAAUGGGCACUUCAGGCCCUAGCGAGCAGCACGACGAAGACAUGAUGGGCGUCAUUCCUCGCGCCGCCAUGGCCCUCUUCGAGAAGCUGGAGACGCCCCGCAUCGGGAAGGCUGGUUCCAACCCGAACAGGAUGUCCAACUCCAUGUCUCAGCUUCGUGCCCCGCGUGGCUACGGCCAACAGAACGUCCUUGGGGACCGAUCCUGGUCCCUCAAGGCUACCUACGUCGAGAUAUACAAUGAGCAGCUCCGCGAUCUCCUCGUUCCCGAUGCCACGCCUGCUCACGAGCGCAGUAACGUCGCCAUUCGUGAGGACACCAAGGGCAACAUCAUCCUCACCGGCCUCCACCAAGUCGAUAUCGAGUCCGUCGACGACCUGAUGAAUGCUCUCAACUUUGGCUCAACCAUUCGACAAACCGAUGCCACCGCCAUCAACGCCAAGUCCUCGCGCUCGCACGCCGUCUUCUCGUUGAAUCUGGUUCAGCGCCGAAGCAAGUUUCAGUCUCCAGCUGCCCACGAGAACAAGCGCUUCUCGAUGCCCAUCGAGGCCAUGACGGGCCAAGACAUCACCGUGACGACCGACAGCAAGCUUCACUUUGUGGAUCUCGCCGGCAGCGAAAGGCUCAAGAACACGGGUGCCCAGGGCGAGCGCGCCAAGGAAGGCAUCUCCAUCAACGCCGGCCUGGCCUCCCUGGGCAAAGUGAUCAGCCAGCUCUCGUCCCGACAAUCUGGGUCCCACGUUUCGUACCGCGACUCCAAGCUCACCCGACUCCUGCAAGAUUCGCUUGGCGGCAACGCCAUCACUUACAUGAUCGCUUGCGUAACACCUGCCGAGUUCCACCUUAGCGAGACGUUGAACACGGUCCAAUACGCCCAGCGCGCACGAGCCAUCCAGUCAAAACCACGAAUCCAGCAGAUUGAAGAGGGCGACAAGCAGGCAAUCAUCGAGCGACUUCGCGCCGAAGUCGACUUCCUUCGAGAUCAGAUCAGGAGCGCCGCCACCGGCGGGGGAAGCCCUCGUCGCGGGCCUCCCGCUGCUAAUGACAGGACCGACCGGCAGAGCGAGCGCGAGGCCGAGCUGCAAAACCAGCUGCUCGAUGUGCAGGAGAACUACAGCACAUUGAGCAACAGACAUGCGAAGCUGAUUGCGGAAAUGGCCAGGGCUAGGGAGAAUGAGUCCGAGGCCAACGGGGUCACCGAAAGCGACAGUGCCACCGACCGCCUCAACCGCUCCAACUCGUUUGCCCAGGCCGUUGAGCAGGUGGUCCUUGAGUACGAGAAAACGAUCCAAUCACUCGAGCAAUCGCUGUCGAAUACGCGCGCCACGCUGUCCAACACGGAGACGAAUCUUCUCGAGAAGGAGACUAAGUGUGCCUACGUCGAGACGAUCAACACGCAGCUGCAGUCGCGGCUGCAGAAGCUCAUGGACCGCGAAGCAAGCACCGAAAACUACCUUUACGAUCUCGAGGCGAAGCUGGACGGCCACACAAGCGGCGAGGAGAAGAACGCUACAAUCAUCAUGGAAUUGCGCAAGGAGAUCGCCCGGGUUCGCGAAAACGAGGCAUCGUGCGAGGACUACAUCUCGACACUUGAGGAGCGCUUGGCGGAAGCGGAUCAGGAUGCCGAGCUCAUGCAGCGGGAGAUUGAUCGGCUGGAGCAAGUCGUUGAGCGCCAACGAAGUCUGGGCAAACUAGACGCGCUGCUCUACGAGCUGGACCACGUCGACGAUGCCAAGAAGCAAGACCACGAGGGCACCAAUGGAGCUACUCGCGCACGCGCCCUCGCUAACCGCUCGCGAAGCCAGUCGCACGCCAGAAGCGCGAGUCAGCUGGAGGAGCCCAUCCCCGAGGACGACGAGCUCCCCGACGACCUCGACCGCCAGGGGGAGGCCAUCGACGAGGAAAUCGGCGACGCUGCGAGCCAGAUGACAGAGCGUCCAGACGCGGACGGCCAAGUUGCGGACGAGGAUGUGCCUCAGACCCCUGCGCAGACCAUGUUCGUCGCCGACAAGCUGGAGAGCGUGACGCAAGAGCUCAUCGAUCUGCGUGUUGAGCACGAGACGACCCUCAACGACUUUUCAAGCCUCCACGCCAAAUACGAAGAGGCCCAGCGCGCGCUCGCGGCACUCCAGGACGCAGCCGACGAAGCCCGUCACCCUGCUCGAGUCCGAGACUCCAUGGUUUCGGUGGCCUCCGAGGCCAACACCCGACCGGACUCGUACGCAUCCGACGCCAAGUCUGUGGACACCAAGAACGGGCCGAGAUCGUCGACAUCACGGUCGCUCUCCUCGGAGCUGUCAUCAGCCCUGGAGUCGCCUGCAACCGCAAACACAUCCAACGCCGAUGUCACGUCGGAAGACGAAACCGCCACCACCAAGCCGGCUGUGUCGACUGAAGACCUCACUGAGGGCCACGACGAGAUGCUGACGCAAGAGGUCGAGCGACUGCGCACUCUGGCUGACAAAAAGGCGGCUGCAGAGAAGGAGCUGCUGGGUAAGUAUGCUGCUCUCCAAACCAAGCACAGCGAGACUCUCGACAUGGUGGAGGAGCUCAAGACGGAGGUCUCCAAGGCCAGAGCUGUGGAGAGGGAGGCAAUACCUCCUCGACAGUCGACGCCCAUCAUCCGCCGCAAGUCAAGCCAGACGCUCAUGGUGAUUGACCGCGCCCACCGCUCGUUUGCAUCCCUGCGCAACAUUGCCAGCGAGAACUUCGAGGGCCAACCCGAGGUGAUGCAGAACUUUGAGCUCAACAUCAACGCGGCCAUGCACGAGCUUCAUUCCCGGAGCGAGCGCAUCCUGGAGCUCGAGGCGGACGUCGCGGCGGCCAAGAAGGAGAUGGAGACUAAGAUGACCAUCAUUUCAGGCUUGACCCGCGAGCGAUCCAGUCUGAAGGCCGGCCCGAUGGACAUGUCCAUGGUCGCCACGCUCCGCGACCAGCUCGAGCAAAACGAGAAGCAGCUGCGGGAGAUGCGCGAGGCGCACUCCGCCCGGGAACAGGAGCUGACAACGGAGCUGGAAGGCUUACGGAAGUCCAUGGAGCAGACGGCGGCCGCUAGACAAUCAGGCGACGCGGUGCCGCCUCUGGCCGAGGAGCUUCAAAGGGAGCAUGGCGAGAAACUUGCCAAGCUGCAGACGGAACUUGCCGGCUUGGAAGACAAACACAAGACCGUACUUGAGUCGAUGCAGGCGACAGAAGGUGAGCUGCGAGGGACGGUGAAGCAGCUCGAGGCACAGGUCGUUUCGUUGAACACGGAUAUCGCCACGUUGCAGAGCAAGACGAGUACCGAGAACGACGAGGCGGCAAAGGAAGUCGAGCAGAAGCAUCAGAAUCUGGUCAAAUUCCUCCGCAGCGAGAUCGACGAGUACAAGGCCAUCAUCCACAGCAACGCGUCCAAGGUGGCCGAGCUUGAGAGUGCCCACGCCGCUGCCAAGUCUGAGCUGGCGGAAGUGUCCAAGGCCCACGACGAAGCCACCGAAGAGGCGACGCGCCAUCAGGCGGUCGUUGCCAAGUUCGAGGAGCAGAUUGCGGCCCAUGGCGAAGCGACCAAGGGACAUCAAGAAGCCCUUGAAAAGCUCAAGGCAGACCACGCAAAGGAGCUCGCGGAUCUGAAGACGCUUGAGCAGAAGAGCUACGAGGAACAAGUCGAGGUUCUUCUGUCAGAGCAUGCCGACUCUGUGCAUAAGCUGGAGUCUGAGCUCGCCGAGGCCCGGGACGAGCUCAUGAAAGCGGCGACCCAAGCGGCUGCUGCUCUCGGAGUGGACGUGAGCGUCGAGAAGCUCGCGAGCCAGAUUGAGACACUGGCAGCCGCGCAAAAGGCGCUAGUCGAGGAGCAAGCCAAGGCCAGCGAGAUGAAGGCCCACGUCGCCGAGCUCACGACGAUCAACGAGACGAUUAUGCGCGAUCUCGAAACGGCCAAGACAGCCCUAACGGACAUGCUUGCGGAGGAGAAGGACAAGGCGCCGACAACCGUGGUGGAACAGAUUUCAUUCGUGAAGCACCGCAUGUCGGACCUCGAGAUCAAGAACAAGAAACACAGCCGCCUGGUGGAGGAGCUGGAGGAGCAGCUGCAGAACAACUUUGACGAGGCGCAGCUGACCAACAACCGCCUGAGCACGCUCCAGACAGAGCGCAAUGCUCAGCUUGAGGAGCUGUCGUCGGCUCGGUCCAAGCUGCAGGCGGAACUGGAGGCGAUCCGCGAGGAGUACAACUCGCUUCAGGCCAAGUACCAGGAAGCCACCAUCCCAGGCGACGUGAAGCGGUCCAACUCCAACUCGACGAUCCGGAAGAGCGCGUCACACGCGUCGCUGCCGUCCCCGCCGCCGGCCAUCCCCCUGCCGCCGCUGCCCAACGCAGCAGCCAGGAGCACGUCGCCAACCAACGGGGUGCCGACCUCGCCGACAUCUACCCGCCCGGCCAGCAAGGAGAACGUCAACAUUUCGCAGCUGACCGAGGACCACGAGGCUAGAAUCCGAACCAUCGAGAAGCACCUGUUCGCCGAGCGGCAGCUCACGCAGACGCUGGAGGAGGCGUUGACGGACCUCGAGAAGCAGUCUAAGAAGGUCAAGGCCGACUGCGACGCGUGGAAGAAGCGCGCCUCGGAGCUCGAGGGUGAGGUCAAGGAGCUGAGGGAGCGCCCGACGCCCGAGUCGCAGCAGGAACACCGAUGGAGCAUGCAAGCGGUCGAGGAGGAGCGAAAGAAGCGACAAGCCGCCGAGGCUGCUAGGAGACAGCUCGAGGAGAGGAUGAACGCCAUUAACAAGGGCAAGAAGAAGAAGGGCAGUCUCAACUGCUUCUAG